AUUUACUUGAGAAUUUAAAUAUCUUAACAAUUAUACUAAAAAGACAGUUUAAACUAAUUAAAUGCCCAAGCUUCCCUCUUCUUGGUAGUGGCAAAACGAUUGUUAAAAUUGUUUGUUGACCCAAACUGAUACUUUUCAAAAUGAGAAUUCUCAUUCAAGGAAUUCUAAUUUUGACUUCAGUUUUACUUUCGUCAGAUACAACUGUUGCAACACAAUUGCCGAUCACUGUAAGCCAGAACGGAUAUAGUGGACUUACUGUUGCAAUAAGCAAUAGCAUUUCAGAAAAUGUGGCACUUAUUCAAAAAUUAAAGGACUGGAUAACAGCAGCAUCAAGAGUACUAUACAAAGCUUCAAAAUACCAAUUGUAUUACAAAGAUGUCGCUAUUGUGUUACCAAAAACAUGGUCCAUUCAAAGCAGUUACAAAAAGAUAUCGGGUCUAAAAUUUAGCAUGGCGCACGUAAGAAUUGACGAAGAAAACCCAGUUGUUGGAAAAGUGCCAUAUGUCUUUGGACAAACAGAAUGUGGCAAACCAGGACAAUAUAUGCAUCUUACGACAUACCUUUUAUUCGCGGGAGAACUUGCUGGCUUUGGAGAAAUUGGUGAUGUCUUUGUCCAUGAAUGGGGUCAUCUUAGAUGGGGACUAUAUGAUGAGUAUGCAUCUUUUGAAGAGGCCGGCUUAGAAUCCCCAUCAGCUUUUUACUUAGAUGACGGAACAUGGAAACCUACCAGAUGCACGGAAGAAGUAACUGGAAGAAACAUAAAUAUGUUUACCGGUGCUCCAUGCACAGUUACAGAAGAUGGUAUUCCAGAGAAAGAUUGUGUUUUUAUAGCUGACAAAGAUUCCCCCGCGACAGCCUCAUUAAUGGGUCAACAAAAUGUUCUAAAGAUGGAAGAAUUUUGUGAUACUGACGAAUCAAAUACUGACAGUAAACUGCGUCAUAACAGUCAAGCAGCGAAUAACCAGAAUAUCAAAUGCAACUCGAGGAGUGCAUGGGAAGUCAUGCGUAAACAUGAUGAUUUCAAAGGUAAUACCCCUGGCUCUCCGAGUUUUGAUACAACUCCAGAUUUCACCAUCGAAGUAGAGACUGACCAAAGAAUAUGUCUGCUUCUGGAUAUUUCGGGCAGCAUGCAAAAAAACAACAGAAAUUCUAAAAUGUAUACGGCAGCAUCAAAUUUUCUGUUAAAUAUGGUAGCAGACGGUACUUCAGUUGGUGUCGCUACUUUUAACAAUAUAGGAAGGAUUGUUCAUCAAAUGUUGACAAUUUCAAGCCAGUCUGAUCGUCAACAACUCGUUGCUAGUUUACCAACAACAACAGGCGGUACUACAUCUAUUGGCGCAGGACUGUUGGCUUGUAUUACGGCCUUAAAUUCCAGUAGUGACGGAUUAGAAGGAUCGAUGAUUUUUCUGGUUACGGACGGAGAGGAAAGCCGUGCGCCUUACAUUGCUGAUGUCCAGCCAGUAAUCACGACAUCUGGAGUAAUAGUUAAUACAUUAGCACUGGGGAAUGAGUCAGACACGCAAUUAGGAGGUAUAUCACGUGCAUCAGGAGGGCAGAGUUUUUACUAUUCUGAAGAUGAAGACAGUACAGUUCUCACAGACGCGUUUGCUGCUGCAGUUGCAGAUAGCAGCAGCGAUACGCUAAUUCAGAUUGAAAGUAAGAGUUUUUCUAUUUCAUCAACGCAGUCAUUUGAACAUUAUACAACCAUAGAUGCAACAGUAGGAAGAGACACUAUAGUGCAGAUAUCUUCAAGUGAAGGUGAUGAUAUUGAUAUAUCAGUAACAGGUCCAGAUCAAACGAUAUACAAAGAAAUCAAUUCAACUUUUGGAAUAACUACCGUUAAAAUACCUAAUAUUGCACAGAGUGGAAGUUAUAAAGUUUCUGUGACAACUACAUCCAAUAGUAUUAUUCCUGGUGUUUUAAACGUACAGUCGAAAGUUAGAGUUCCAGGAGAAACAACAGCCAAAUUAAGUGUUUGGUUGUCUGAUGAUACACAUGUGUACGGUUCAGAUGGUACCACUGUUGUUUAUGUUGCAGUUUUGAAAGGGAUGGCGCCCGUAUUGAAAUGCGAUGUAACAGCGAGCUUAGAGGGAUAUGAAGCUAGCACCAUACAGCUUCACGAUAAUGGAAUUGGCUCCGAUUCACGAGAGUACGAUGGAAUAUAUUCAGCUUAUAUAUUUUCUAAUAAUUUUAAACGAAAUGGGCGCCACAGUCUCAAAAUAUCAGGCCAAAAUAUAAACAAUAGAGCAGAAACACUAAAGUCAAAGGAAAAGAGUGACACGUUCCCAUAUUAUUCAGGAUUGACUACCGAAUUAGUUGGUAAUUUCCAGAGAGUAAUCCUAUCCAGUGAAAUAAGUGUUACUAACUAUAGUACUACUCAGUUGACGGAUAAUAUAAAACCAGCAAAAAUAACAACGCUUAAGUUAAAGUCUGUUCAGUUAAUGGGAGAUAAGUUACAAAUUAUUUUACUUUGGAAGGCCAUUGGCGAUGAUCUAGACGUUGGUACAGCAUCUGAAUAUGAAUUUAGAAUAUCAGACAGCUUCUCUAAAAUUAAACAACAACCUGAACAGUGUACUAAAUUAACUAACAACAUACCAAUCCCAAAGUUAGCGGGAAGUACUGAACAACAUUUGGUUACAAAAGACGAUGAUUCGCUCACUAAGUAUAUAGUUGUCAGAGCUAUAGAUGAUGUUGGCAAUAAGGGAGAUUACUCUAAUAUUGUUUCUAUUUCAAAACUUACCGAUCCGUCUUGGACUACAGAAGCUAUUAGCACAGUUAAUCUAACUGAAACCUUCGUUUCUGGGGGUUUAGCAUUAGCGAUAUUGUUGAUAAUGAUGAUAUUAGGACUUUGUUUAAAAGUUAGGUCAUCAAAUACUAACGAUAAGAAAAAGCUGAUUAAACAAAAGAAACAUCAAAAUCAGAAACCAGGUAAAAGAGGUUCUUCAAAUAAACAUCAUAACCGAUAUGAAUACGAGAAUAGAAACUAUAUUGUGUAAUAGAAGCAAUAAAAAAACUUUCAGAAAUAUAGUCAAAAUCAAUUUAUUUGAUUGAUCUCAUAUUAACUAUUUGAUGUGAAAGAAAGUCUGUAUAAAGUGUUUGUGCAGUUCAUGUAAACAAGAAUGAAAGACGAGAGAUAAACACGUCUCCUUUUACAUUUUCUAAUACAACAUUAAGUUUCAGAA